AGUUCUUCCUGAGCUCUCGCUGCGUUCGUUUACUAUAAAAAAAAAAAUAAAAUAAAAAAAACAGAAAUAAUUAGAGAGAGAACGAACGCGAUCGUCGCCCCCCCUUUGUAUCUCGACAUCUCGACAUUGCCUGCCUGCCUGAUCCGUACUAGUGAGGAUCGGGCCCAAAACACUUGUGCAUUACGCGGUAUCUCGAAUUGAAUCUUUGUAUCACUGUAUCUGUUAUUGAAUUCGUCUUCGUCGCUUCUGAAGAAAUUCGUGAAAAUCGCUUGCGAACACAACAUUCUAUAGGGUGGCUCGAGGUGCGGCGGAGCGUGGUGAUAUAUUAUUGAUUUCACAUCGACAACCAACAUUCGCAGCUGAGUCAUCACACACAGUGAGAGGCAACAGAUUCCGUUCUCAUAGGACACGCUUUGGUUAAUCUACCCUCAGGGAGGGGUGGGAGGAUUUGGUCUGACGGAUUUAUUACCCGAUUCACACAACAAUCGCUUCGGUUAGGACGACAUGACGAAGGAUCAGCAGGUGACGCCCAUACCUGAGGAGCUGUACAAUCUCACCCAGCUGGCGAACGUGACACUGGCGGCAGGACCGCUUACCACACCAGCCAAGUCUAGUCCCAUUUCUGCCAACAACAAUAACUUCUAUGCCUCAUCGGAUGAUGACUCCACUUACAACUCGUACAGCCACAAGGUGUUCGAUCGCAGGAAACUGCGUCGCUGCACCAUUUCCGAUUCCAAUUCCUGUGCCAGCAGCACCACCAGCAACAGCAGCAGCAGUCGCCACUCCAGCGAGCAAUCACCUCCUGCCCAGGACAACAGUAGCCUAACAAUGCUGGACGAUGAGCACAUUUGUCCCGAGUGCGGCAAGAAGUAUUCCACCUCCUCAAAUCUGGCGCGCCAUAGACAAACCCACAGGUCAAUUAUGGACAAGAAGGCGCGUCACUGUCCGUAUUGUGAGAAGGUGUACGUCUCGAUGCCAGCGUUCUCGAUGCAUGUGCGUACGCACAACCAGGGCUGUGAGUGCAAUGUCUGUGGCAAGUGCUUCUCGCGUCCCUGGCUGCUCCAGGGCCAUAUACGCACCCAUACCGGCGAGAAACCGUUCAAGUGCAGCGUCUGCAACAAAGCCUUCGCCGACAAGUCCAAUCUUCGUGCCCACAUUCAGACGCACUCGAACACGAAGCCGCACACGUGUGCCCGCUGUGGCAAGGCCUUUGCCCUCAAGUCGUAUCUGUACAAGCACGAGGAGUCCUCAUGCAUGAAGAAUCGCAACAACAGCAGCAACAACAGCAGCAGCAGCAGCAGUAGCAGUAGCAACGAGACAACCACAGUGCAGCAGCAGCAUCAACCCGAACUGGAUGCAAUGACUGCAACAACAACAGCAACAACAACACCAUCAGCUGGUCAAUCCUUGCCAGAUUCGGCCAAAUUAACGCUGGCGCACAAGUUGCUGCAGAAGGAGAAGGAUCGCAGGCAGGCGCAGGCUGUAGCUCAAGCUCAGGCACAGGUUGCUCUGGCUUAUGGCUAUCCUGGGCAUGGUGGACACGCAUCUCGACUAGGCAAUCUGGAGCAUUAUGAUAGCUACAAGCGCAAUGGCAUUAUUCAGCCCACUGUGCUGCAGCAUCCCAGUGCACUGUAUCAGGAGCAUAUGCUGCCACUACCGCUGCCGCUGCCACUGCCCCUGCCCAUGGCCUAUCCGCAGCACCAACAGCAGCAGCAGCAGGAUCAAGAGCAACCCGUGGACUUUUCGCCCAAGAACAAUUUUACGCACUCGGCCAAGACGAGUCCGUUCGAGCUGACUGGCAAUUAUGCAACAAUGGUCGCCUAGCCACGCCCCCUAGGCAGACGCCCAGUCUGACUGUAAAAGACAACUGAGAGACAGAUUUAGAAUUUGAAAUGCCAAAAACAACAAGAAAACGAUCCCAAAAAAAGAAAGAAAGAAAGAGAGAAAAAAACACAAAGGAGAUAAAAAAGAAAACCCAUUUUGCAUUCGAUUUUAGGAGCUUACUGUAGUAAACAAAUAUGUGAUAAAUAUGAAAAAGAGCAAAAGUACCGUUAGAGAGUAGUCGAUUCCAAAAAUGCAAAAGAUCAAAAAGCGCUAACACAGAACUUAAUAACAAAAAUAUUACUCACACACACAGAGACAUACACAGACAUAAAUGCAUACAUAUAAUCGAUCUUCAUUUUAGUUGUAACGAGGAUUUAGAGACUUGCAAAAACAUAUAACCAGUAUUUUCUUAGCACUACUUAAACCACAUUAUAUACAUGCAUGCAUACACACAUACGAUAUAU